AUGGCACUGGAGAACUCGGUCUUCCCCGUCCGCCCGGACUCUCUCUCGCUCCCCGUGGAGGAGAAGGGGGAAGGGGAGGGAGUGGAGGUGGCCACCGAGGCCAUCGCCGCCGCCACCGCCGGAGUCUUCAACGUAUCGGAGGAGCUGGGCAACGUCGUCACCGCGGACACGGCGGACACGGCGGACACGGGGCUGCCACCUCCGCCCUUAGUCAAGGUCAACAGGUCGUUCCAGGCCAAACUGGCUGAGCGAGAGGCCCAAGCCAACGAGCCCAGGAAGAAGAGGGUGGAGACACAGAAGGAGAGGGGGAGAUUCGGGUGGGGCCGGACUCGGCGUAAGAGACAGCGCUACGUGGAGAAGAACGGUCGCUGCAAUGUGCAGCACGGUAACAUGCGGGAGACUUACCGCUACCUGACCGACAUCUUCACCACUCUGGUGGACCUCAACUGGCGCUGCUCGCUCAUCGUCUUCGUCAUGGCCUACGCCGUCACGUGGCUCUUCUUCGGGGCCAUCUGGUACCUCAUAGCCUACUGUAGGGGUGAUCUGGACCAUCUGGGGGAUGAGACGUGGACGCCGUGCGUCAACAAUGUCAACGGCUUCAUCUCGGCCUUCCUCUUCUCCAUCGAGACAGAGACCACCAUUGGCUACGGCCACCGCGUCAUCACCGACCAGUGUCCAGUGGGCACCAUGCUGCUGCUGCUGCAAGCUAUACUGGGAUCAAUGGUCAACGCCUUCAUGGUCGGCUGUAUGUUUGUGAAGAUCUCGCAGCCCAACAAGCGGGCGGAGACGCUGGUGUUCUCCAAACACGCCGUCAUCUCUCUGAGAGACGACAAGCUCUGCCUGAUGUUCAGGGUGGGCGACCUUCGGAGCUCCCACAUCGUAGGGGCCAACAUGAGGGCCAAGCUCAUCAAGUCCAAACAGACGCAGGAGGGCGAGUUCAUCCCCUUGGACCAGACGGACAUCAGCGUGGGCUUUGAGACGGGCGACGACCGUCUCUUCCUGGUCUCUCCGCUGGUGAUCUCCCAUGAGAUCGACAUGCAUUCACCCUUCUGGGACAUGUCGCAGUCCCAGCUGGAGAAGGAGGACUUUGAGAUCGUGGUCAUCCUGGAGGGAAUGGUGGAGGCAACCGGGAUGACAUGCCAGGCGAGGAGCUCCUAUCUAGCGGAGGAGGUGAUGUGGGGUCACAGGUUUAGCCCGAUGAUGUUGCUGGCAAAGGGCUUCUUCGACAUCGACUACGGAGCCUUUCAUCACACGUUUGAGGUGGUCACGCCCACCUGCUCAGCACGAGAGCUCUCAUUGGCUGCAGCCAGACUGGACGCUCACCUCUACUGGUCCAUCUCCAGCCGGCUGGACGAGGAGCCCACCCUGACCAACGAGGCGGCCAAUCAGCCGGACAGCGGCUCGGCCAACAGCAAAGGAGGGGAGCCGACCUUCAUCGUGGGAGAGAUGACGGACAUCCAGGAGCAAACGGGACUGGGCGAGCUGAACGGCAGCGUCGCCACCGACCAAUCCGAAUCAGAGGCCUAGAACAGACAAUGUUUACAAAGACCUUCACCUUUAUCACCACCUCACCACGAUUAGUGUUUGCAAAUCUUUUCUUUCAAGGCAAAUGAGUAGUUUCAUUAGGCCCACUUCUACAGUUUAUGCCAUAUCUUAUGUUACCAUACGAAAGAGUCUUUUUCUUGAUAUUUUGUCUUUUAUUUCUACGUUGAUCUCUGUUACAAGUGUACCGUAUGUGUGCUAUCUCUUUUUGUUCUACCACCUGUUGUUUUAGCUACUAUCACCCCUGCCUAUAUCUACAUUUAAAUUACAAAACUAUGCUUUAGGUGCGGUCAACAAUAGUAUAUCCGGUGGACCACGGCAGAAUGUCGCAAAAAGAUGACAAGGUGAUUGUUUGUGCAGAGUCACACGUGUGGAUUGUUCACAUUUAAAAAUAGGUGCCGUGCAUAGACGCUUUAUCUUCACCUGCGCAUGAAUAUCAUUAGAUGAUAUUGAAGUAUAGACUGAAAAAAUUCUUUAGAUGAUAAUAUUGUUGAGGUUUAUUGUAAAUCAAUCAGGUGUUAACAUGGGGGUAAGCCCACAGCCGCUGGCAUAUCUGUAUAAUCUUGUAGAAACUUCAUUUGGCCACAAACCAUCAUGUGGUGCUAGAAAAAUGUUUAUAAAUAUAUAUAUUUGGCUGACAAUAGAUUAUAAAAAUGGCCAGUGGACAACAAAGCUAGUUUCCUAUUCUGGGAGUAAACUAUUUCUUAUCUACUUUAGGCACAGAGUAUAUUGUUUGUUUGUUAAAGAGUAACUUAAAGGAAUAGUUUACAUGUUUUGAAGUGGGGUUAUAUGAGGGACUUAUUCAUAGUCAGUGUAUUACACACAGUAUAUGGCAGUCGGCACGCCCCCAGUUUAGAGAAACAGACAGGAGUACCAGCAUGGGAGCGAAGCAGUGUACUUCUUGGACGUCAGCAAUACGUAUUUUAGCCACCCAAAAAAUCAAUACCAGUGUACGCUAUAUUUGUAUAUUUUCACCGCUUUACCUCACCAUCAGACAGUCCUUUCCGAUUGGGAACUUCCACUAUCUAUGCUCUCUUAAAAAGCCACAAGACACAAGAAAUCCAAACUAACCACUUUAAAACAUAAAAGUCACACAUUAACAGUUACAAACAAACCGAUCAAAGCAGCCGUAGAGCAGCAACUCAAGGGUUGUCUGACGGCAAAGCAACGCCGUGAAAAUAUUCUAAAUGUUGUGUACAAUUAAACUGAUAUUAACUUACUUUAAUGUAGGCCUUUCAAGCGUGUUUAACCUCUGACCCCGCCCAACAGUGAUGUCGCUGGGUCCUGGAGUACACCUGUAAAUCACUGCAGCAGUGUGAGAAGUUAAACCAG